AUGCAUAAAUUCGAACCCUAUUGGGAUAAAGAGACAGUAGCAGCCGGUCUUUCAUCUGGUCAACUGCUGCUUGGCCAGUUGCGAAUCAACCCGAAGAAUUACACUGAAGCCUAUAUCAACCACCCGAAAGGGGACGCUGAUGUAUUUAUACCCGGAACAAAGGCACGAAAUCGAGCUCUCAAUGGCGAUAUUGUGGUUGUACGUCUGGAACCACUAAAAAACUGGAAAGUGAGUCUUGACUCCUGUGGACAGGGAGAUCAGCAGGCAGCUGUGGGCGGCAGUGCCACAUUCGUGACUGUUGGCGAGUUUCUUUGUCGACACCCGGAAGCUUUCCGGAAGCUAUUUAUGAACAUUUCGGGUGGAUUGAAGAAGGAUCUCGAUGGCUUCACAGAUCCAUCAAACAUCCCGGGAGAACCGGCACCAGGUCUCUCGUCAGCAGCACGUCUUCCCUGGUGGAACUUGAUUCAGCGUGUCGGUCGUGUGGUCUUUAUCCAUCGGCGUCUUAACUGCCGUGUCUGCGUUGGCUUCAUGCGUCCUUCGGUUUCGUCCUCGCAAUCUCAGAAAGAUGACAGGCAACUUCAAAAGCAAAACCAGGGUCCCUUGCCAGAAUGGCAAUUCGCUCUUCUCUCUCCGACUGAUAGCAGAAUGCCAAGGAUUAUCAUUCCGAAGGCUGCACAACUUGUGCGACGUUUCGAGGACGCCGUGAUGAAUUGUAUCGAAGCUGAAACUGAUCGAAUCCUCAUAAACGUCGGCUUCCCCUACGGCGUUGCUGGGGCAAACACAUUUCCCAAGGCCGUGGAGGACUACGUUUUGGAGCAGGUGGAGAAGUUGACCGCUGAAACGCAGGCUGAGUGCUCAAGGCGCCGCGAUUUCAGAUCUCGGUGUGUUAUUACCAUAGAUCCUCGGACAGCACGAGACCUAGAUGACGCCCUCCACGUUAGGCGACUUACUGACACGGAAAUAGCUGCCUUGUCUGCAAAAGGCGCAGAGAAUGCCAUGUAUGAGGUGGGUGUUCACAUCGCUGACGUGAGUUAUUACGUGAGACCAGGGGAUCCAGUCGAUGUGGAGGCUGCUUCGCGUGCUACCUCAAUCUACUUGGUCCAACUCUGCGUCCCCAUGUUGCCUCGCGCCCUCUGCGAGAAUCUCUGCAGCCUCCAUCCCGGGACCGAUAAAUUCACAGUCUCAGUAGUCUUCAAUUUGUCCGAGGAUGCACAGAUAUUAACGAAGUGGUUUGGCAGAACGGUUAUUCGCUCAAGGGCGAAACUUAGCUACGAAGACGCCCAGAGUUUUCUGGACGAUCCGGAACGUGACUGGCAAACCAGUGACUUUCCUACCUUCGCAGAGGGUACAGAUGUGAAGGAGAUUUGCCGCAGUGUUCUGCUACUCAAUGAGCUUGCGGACAAAAUUCGCACUCGCCGCUUCGAAGGUGGGUCGCUGCAACUGAACCAGGUUAAGCCGGUUUUCUCCGUAGCCGACGAUACCGGCCUCCCAAUCGGUGUAUCCCCCUUUAUUAUAAAGCAAGCAAAUCGCCUCAUUGAAGAGUGGAUGCUCGCGGCUAAUGAAGCCGUUGCGGUCCUGCUGGCGCGUUGGCUACCGAGGACAGCGUUCCUGCGCCGUCAUCCGCCACCCACUGCAAAACAGAUUCGGGAAGCUAAGUCAUGUCUCCGCUCCAUCGGUGUUGACGUUGAUAUUAGAUCGGCUGGCGCCGUGCAGAGCUCGCUUUACCGUCUCUCUGGGAAUCCGGUUACGAGGGGCUGGCAACACUCGGAUCGCCUCGCCGAACUGUGCGCCUCCAUGACCGACUGCACUGUGAAGGUGGAUGAGGCUACCACAGCCUCCAAAGAGGAUCACCUUGCAGACGAGGCUCAUAUGCUGGCCACACUCAACGUUCUCACCAAGUGCAUGAACCUCGCCGAGUACUACUGCUUGGGGGCUGUCAGUAAGACCGCCUACAUUCGUCACUACGCCCUCAACAUGGAAAAGUACACGCAUUUCACCUCGCCCAUCCGACGCUACGCCGACGUGAUUGUGCACAGACAAUUGGCAUCCAUUCUGGCCGUCAAUUCAGAGAAAGGUGAGCCAAUUCAGCUUGAGGCUUCGGACCUACUUAUAUCAAACUGCAUGGACAUUGCAAAUGCCUAUCGCUCAACUUGCAUCUCGGAAGUUCUGAACAAACCAGAUGAACUGGCUGCGAUCGCUGACUACUGCAACGCCAGAAAGCAAGAUGCCCGGCGGGCAAGCGAUGAGUCCGCUGAGGUCUUUUUCACCGUCUUUGUCAAGGAGUGCGGACCUCUCACGGAGGCCUGCUCGGUCGUCAGUGUGUUCAAUCAUUCCUUCGACGUGCUACUCCUCUCCACAGGGAUUGUGAAACGCGUUUACACAAAUAAAUUGGAUCUUGUGACGUUCGAAUAUGAGGAGCCAGAGAAGGAAUAUAAAAGUAUCGCAGGUACCGGCGUUCUGCAUCUUCAGUGGAACGUCCGGCUUUCCUCCAAAGAGGAAAGUGGUACUCCUCUGAUUCCCAGCGAUCCUGCUAUCCAAAGUGCUGUACCAGCAGCCACCAAGAGCGAUCACUCGGCUGACGAGCCUACCGAGCCACCACCGUGCGGCUGUUUUCAGCAGAAGGUGAAACUCUUUGACCUCUGCCGAUGUCUCGUCGCUGUGGAUGAGGGCAAAACGGACUCCAACGAAAGCAACCGCCUUCCGAAGCUAGUGCUUCUUCUUCUGCAGGGUCGCAUUUGCUAUACUUCACCGAACUCGGCGUUUGUUGUGAAUCCUUCCGACGGGAAACGAAUUCUCAUCUUUUCAAGGUCGCUUAACCGAGCCUUGCCUAAUGACAUUGUGGCUGUGAAACUGGACGAACUUGAGCGCUGGCGAGUAAGUGCGGCCCUGUGCGUGCCCAAAAAUGCCAUCCACCGACAAAACGCGGAAAGCACACAAUACUGUCUUGAUUUUGUGCCGAGGAAAUGCGUCCUCGCUUUCUUGGAGGAAACUGAGGAGCGACCGGUUCAGAAUACGACCCCAAUAAUUCCCGCAGAAGCUGAAGAAGAAUUUCUUGAUGAGUCCAAUGACGAUGUGGACGCAAACGAUGCUAGUACCAAUAACACCAGCACAACUUCCAACUUUCAACUCUCCAUGGAGAAUCCUGGACGACGCGAAACAGCCCCCUACCCGACGGUUCGUGAGGUGCUCGAAACGUCACCUCUACUCUUCCAGAAGCUGUUCCCUGGUGCUGAACCAUCUUUCAUUUCCAGUGACCAAAAACCCCUGGAUCCACUUCCGAGUCCACACCUGCUUCGAACUGGACGGGUUGUAAGCAUUUUGGGCGAGGAUUCGGCAAGCAGACGACUGAUUGGACGCUUGGCGUUUGAGUCGGCAGUGCUGUUGCCGUCGGCCUUCGCAGAAGUGGAGCAGGAGGAUGAGUUUAUGAGGCCAAAACAGGGUGUUGUUGAAGGCGUUGAUGGUUUGCCCGUGGCUGUCCCCAACGUCAACUGUUUCCUAAUACCAGAGAAAUCUAAUUUUCCUCGGGUCAAGCUAGCCCCUUCAUCCGUCCCGGAUGAUCUUUGGGAGAAUCCCCAUAAAUCUGAGGGUGUUCGAUAUUUCUGUGAGAUCCAAAACUGGUCUCCUACGUCGACAUAUCCUAUGGGGGUUCUCUGUGGACAAAUCGGUAACCCACAGGAAAUCGAGCCAGCUACUCAGGAGAUUCUCCUGUCACACGGCAUUUACGAAAAGGAUUUCACCGAUGAAAUGGUGAAAGAAUUGCCAGCUUCGGAGGCUGACUUUGUGAUCCCCAACUACGAGUACUUGCGGAGGAGGGACUUCCGAUCCCACUGUGUUGUCUCUGUGGAUCCUUCCACUGCCAAGGAUCUUGACGAUGCCUUGCAUGUGAAGAAGAUCGCGAAAGACGUCUACGAGGUGGGGGUGCACAUUGCAGAUGUGUCUUUCUUUGUGCGUCCGCUGACUGCUUUGGAUCGGGAGGCAGCCGAUCGGACAACGUCUACAUACCUCGUCCAACGGGUUAUCCCGAUGCUUCCACCGAUCCUGUCGGAGCACUUGUGUAGUCUAAACCCAGGAGUCGAUCGGCUCGCCUUUUCUGUGGUGUUCAAAGUCGACAGGAAUGGAAAUAUUUUGGAAGUGUGGUUUGGGCGAUCGGUUAUUCGUUCGUGUGCGCGCCUCUCCUACGAGGACGCCACAGCCCUCCUAGAUACGCCCUACGAGGAACUGGAUUCCCUCAGCUCACGUAUUCCUACCCAGGAUCCCUUCACUCUGGAAAACGUGAAACGCUCCAUCACCUACUUGGAUAUGCUGGCCCAGCAGAUGCGAAAGCGACGAGUUGACAAUGGAGCACUUCUGUUGGACAAAAUCGAGUUGCAAUUUGAUCUCACUCCUAAGACCCCAGAGGACAUCCAAAAUUCGUACGUUUUGUUUUCCUUCCUUGUUAUUUCUUCUUUAAAAGGCGGCAACAAAAGUGACCAAACGCCGGGAUGGCCCCGCGGCUACACGGUGAAGCAACGCGGCCGAGCCCACUACCUCAUCGAAGAGUGGAUGCUGGCCACCAACCAGGCUGUGGCCAGGCGCCUCUUUUACGAGGCCAUCAAACGGAAGCACGAAGAGAUCUUGAAAUUUAACGAAGACGUCAAGGAGGUCAAACAAGAAACUGAAAAGACCAAAUUCCGCAGCUCCCUGGGCACGAUUUUGCGGAGACAUCCUGCCCCGAAGGCUUCAAAAAUGGAGGAGCUGGUCAGGAUCACCACCGCGGCUGCCAUCUCAAUGGACACCUCUUCGGCAGGCGCCAUGCGUGCCUCACUGGACGCGCACAUCGCUGAGCUUCGAGAAAAGAAUGUGCCCCAGCCUGACAUCGAAUGCCUUUCCACGGCUCUAAGUUACCUCACCUACAUGCGCAUGCAGAUGGCUCUCUACUUCAACGUCGAGGACGUCGUGGAUCGGGCUGUGCGCAAAGUCCGUCGUAGCGGUCAGGCCUCUUCCACCGAUGUGUCCCACGAGUCCUGGGAGGCCUCCCUAUUGCGCUUCUCUCACCACUUCGGUCUCAACGUGCCGCUUUACACGCACUUUACUUCGCCCAUUCGUCGAUACGCCGAUCUGCUGGUGCACCGUCAGCUGGCGGACCUUCUGGGGUGCGGCCACUGGUCCUGCCCGAAGGCCCCCGGCACCACCACCUCCCGGUCGCCGGUGUGCCCACCGAAGAGGCUAACCGUGCAGGCUGCCUGGUGCAAUCGAAUGCGACGCGAGACGCGCCGAGCACAGGAAGAAAGCCAGCAGCUCUUUCUGGCGGCUUGGGUUAAGUCGAACGGGUCAAUUCAGGAUAAGGCUGUAGUGCUCAAUUUUGGUGGUGGAAAAAUCCAGCUGCUCAUUCCUUCCUGCGGCCUCAUUCUUACCCAUCAGCUGCAAAAGUUUUGCCCUGCGGCGUCAACCUGGCAGAUGAGCACGCGAUGCGACCCACACGAGACUGAGCAAGGCUCUGUGAGGCGUUCGCCCCUUCUCACGGUGAAGUGGAGGGCAGACGGUGAUAGCGAACAAGGCGACACCGUGAAUCUGUCCGUCCUCUCGGUCUGUCCCGUCCAGCUAACCUGCAGCUCAAGAGGCUUUUAUGUCAAAGCCGAACUGCUCUCCCCCAAGCAGGCCGAAACAUCGACGGGCUCGUCCUGUACAGUUUAG